AUGAGUAAAAAGAAAUCUUCAGAUAAACAAUCAAAUGACAAUGAUGAUGAACUUAAACUAAAUGAAUUGAAAUUACCAAUUUAUGUAUCACAUUUAAAAAAUGGUAAUACAUUAUGUGCAAAUGACAAUUUAUUAAUUCUUCAAAAUGGUUCAACAACAUUAGAAAUUCGUACACUACCAAAAUUUGAACCAAAACAUAUUCCAUGGCAUGAAGGUUUACUUCGAGAUAUUGUUUGGUGUUCAGAACUUGGUUUAUUUAUUUUUUUAACACAAAAUGCUUUAUUUACAUUUAAUCCACAAUCUAUAGCUAGUCCUUCUACAACAACAAUUAAUACUGAAUAUCGAUUUAAAAUAAUAUCAUACAGUACAAUUAAACCAUACGAUAAUAAUAGUGUAUUUUGGCGGUGUACAUGUGUUGGUACAACAGUAUACAUUACUUAUUCAGGUAGUGGAACAGUUAUUGAUGAAUAUAUCUUAGAAAAAUCUUCAUGUAGAUUAAUUAAUCGUUGGAUGCCCCCACAAACAUGUGCUACAUAUGAAGGUAUAUGGUGUAUACGUUCACAUCCAAAUACGAAUCAAUUAGGUAUGACUAUAUUAAAUCUAAAAAAUAAUCAAUGGCAUUUUGAAAUUCGUAAUUCAAAUAAUCUUUCUCAAAUAUGGGAAACAAUAAUACCAAUAUUACAUGGUGAUUGUGAAUUAUCACCAUUGUUAAAUAAUGAAUGGCUUCUAAUUAAUUCAUGUGGAAUACGUUUAUUUCAAAUAGGUAAUCUUAAAUUCAAAACAGCUGUUGAAUAUGAACGUGAAUUAAAAAAUGCUAUUACAGUUAAAGACGAUUAUUUUAUUGUUCGAACAAAAUAUACAAUAGAAAUCCAUGCAACGAAGAAGAAAAACAAGAAUUAG